AUGGUUUUACCCACAUGUUUCAAACGUAGACACUCAUUAAAAGGGGUACGGCUAGUGGCGGCUGAUAAGAGAAUAAGAGGAGGACAACCACAGAGCUUAAAGGAGUUUGCUUGUUUUCAAAAGGAUAAAAAAUUGAAUGAUUUAUACAUGGAUGAUCUGAGGCAACAGGUUCUCGAUUUAACGGGUGAAGAACUACAAGAUUUACUUCAAUUUGCUGAAAGAGGUGAUACAGUUGAGGAAGCCAGGUGGGCCACACAUUGUUUGAUACUGUAUGCAAAUGAAUACAGACAACCCAGUGGACAAGAUUUAAUCCAACCCCCCACUACUAGUGGUAAUUCCGUAAAUGUGCAGAGAAGUGGUGACAAUGUGCAGAGAAGUGGUGAUAAUUUGCAGAGUAGUAGUGACAACAAUGGGACAAAUAAAAGAAAGAGGGAUGAUUUGGAGGUUAGGACUGCUAGCUUAGAGAAUACCACAAAAAAAAAAGAAGUUAAAAACUUAAAGAAGGUGAGGACACUUUGUCUGCAAGAUAAUCCUAGCAAUUCACUCAUAUUACUUACUCUGGAGGAACUUUCUAAAGCUGCAAGACGGGUUAAUCAUGAUGUAUCCAGGUGGCUUUAAUGGUUAUAGGGGCAGACCUCGAAAUUUUGGAAUACGUCAGAGAGGUGCUUGUUUGUUUUGGGAUAGUACAAGUCAUCAGAUAAGAAACUGUGACAAAAUGAAGGCUGC